GGCGGCUGGAGCCGGAAGUCGAGGGUUGUGAGCCGGAUGUGGGUCGGUGGGCCGAGGACGGCUGAUCGAUAGGAUUCGCCACCAUGGCUGGAGUUGCCACAUUUCGGAGUGUUUGCUGGUGGAACAGAAACCAUCUCCUGUCGUCACUGUGGAAUCGAUGUGAUUCAGUGGCAAAGCGCGAAGUUCUGUCUCUGGCCUCUGUUCCCCUCUGUGACCAGGCAAGCAGCCAGUACCAUCUCCCAGUGCCGUGUGCUAAGAUCCAUAUGUCUGCAGCUACCCACGCAGGGCAUAACAAGUGGUCAAAGGUGAAACAUAUCAAAGGGCCAAAAGACACUGCCAAGAGUCAGAUGUUUGCCAAGCUCUCGAUUAUGAUUCGCUUUGCUGUGAAAGAAGGAGGUCCAAAUCCUGAGUUUAACACUCAGCUGGCAAACCUCAUUGAGCAGUGCCGAGCCAAGAACAUGCCUAAAGCAUCUAUUGAAGCUGCAAUUAAAGGUGCAAAAUCCAAGGCUUCAGUCUAUUCGCUGUACGAAGCAAGAGGACCAGGGGGUUCGUCCCUGCUCAUUGAAGUCCUCACAGACAACAACAGCCGAACACUUCAGCAGCUAAAAAGCAUUCUGAACAAAAACGGGGGACUGAUGAGUGAUGGAGCACGUCACUGCUUCGAGAAGAAAGGAGUGGUGAUGGUGAAUGGUCUGGAUAAGAAUGGUCAGGACAUUCAGUUGGAACAUGCUCUGGAGUUGGCAAUUGCAUCUGGAGCAGAAGAUGUUGAACGGGUUGAGGAUGAACAAGAUAAAGUCAUGCUGAAGUUUAUUUGUGACUUGUCCUCAUUGCGAGAGGUACAAGAGAAGUUGGAUGCACUGGGACUGCUAACCAUUCAUUCUGGACCCGAAUUCAUCGCCACCACAACUGUUCAGCUAACGGAUGGAGACGUGGAGGCAGCGUUCUGCUUGAUUGAAUUGAUUGACGAGAAUCAGGACGUUAUUAAAGUCUAUGAUAACAUAGAGUUGCAAAAUUAACUCUGAGCAGGAGAGGGCUUUCUGCACAUUGUGAACAGUUCCCACACUACCAAACACAACUAAACACUGAGUUUGUACAAGGACCGUUUCAAAGUUUCCAAUGUAGUCCUCUCUACAUUGCCAACAAUUUAGCCUCAAAACAAAAGUAUGUUGCAGUUGUGUGACUGAACGUGCAUCUUUAUCCAUUGGUUUUCAUCCUCUCCUGCGGUACAGUUCCACAAACACCAUAUGCUCAGCAGCCCCUCUUCCUAUUUGCUGCUCUUCGUACCUGUGAGGCAAGUGCCAUGGCCCAGUCCAAUACCGUACUUGCACUUGGCCACAAUUUCUUGUGCCUUCAUCAGCUGCAGAUAGGAUCGGGCCUGGUAACCCCCGAGGUGAUUGUUGCAUUGGAGUGCCUGCCUGGUGAUGGAGAGCCAGUGACCUGUCCACCCACAGCUGACUCUUCAGAAGGAGGAGGAGAUCAGCCACAAUUUUAACAAUUUCUGAAGUAUUUUCAAGUUUUUGUGUGUGAUCUGAACAUUUUGCCUACUCUAAUGAAUAUGUCAGUGCUGGGAUUACUUCAGGCAUCAACCCCAGUAGAUAUGAUGCAAAGCUCUGAAAUUCCCUGAAUAAAUAGCAGGACAGAACAGUAACUAAAUAAUGUCAAUAUUUGUUUUUAUUGUGUAAAGAGUAACUCAGUAGGCAGCACUUUCCAUUCCUGCCUUUCAAUGCCUAGUACCUUUUUUAAAAAAAAUGCUUGAUUGUUUCCUCAGUGUGCUGCUCCUAUCAACACCUCUAUCCGUGAAAUAGUGUCCAUCUCCCAGAGGUUUCUGCAGGGCAAUAAGAAGAGAUAAAUGCGAAAGGAAAUCCCUGAUUGUAUGCUGCCUCUUGCACCCUAUCCACUUGUCACUCUCAGGGAGCUGUGGACUUGCACCCCAACAUCCCUCUGUACAUCAAUGCUCCUGCCAUUUCCUCCACACUUCCCCCUUGCAUUUCACCUCCCAAAGUGCAACACCUCACACUUGUCUGGAUUAAACGCCAUCUGCCACUUCUCUGCCCAUAUUUCCACCUGGCCGAUAUCCUGCUGUAUCCUUUGACAACUUUCCUCACAAUCCACAGCUGCACCAAUUUUCAUGUCAUCUGCAAACCUAAUAAUCAGACCACGUACAUUUUCAUCCAGGUCAUAUCUGUACCUUACAAAACAAAGAUAGCAGAUAGUAUUGGUUGUUUCCCUCAGAAACCCCAAAAUUUUUCAUUAUUGACUGUAUCUGGGCAUGAAGAGAAGCACUUCUCACCUUGGUAUCAGAAACCUAUUUUGUUCUCUGUGUGGCUGUAAGAAAAUUGUAAAAUAAAAUUAGAACACCAACAUCAGUUGUCCAGUGAACAUCGGAAUCCGUCCAGAGGCAGAAUAACCUCCCUGAUUGCAAGGGCAGCAGUAAUUAGAACUUCCCAUUUUACUUCGGUGAAGUUCACCCCCAAUGGGGGCUUUCAUUAGUGUUAAUAUCAUGGUGUGUAAACAUUAACUUGUACUGAUUAUAUUUUGUUUUGCGUCUCGUCAUAAUUACUGUUGUUUUUCUUUUGCUACUGUGGAGUAAAUGACUUGUGAAUUAAACCAACUGUUGUUUACAAUUUGACAAGAUGCAUGAUUUUA